AUCUUACAUAACUAUAAAAGCUGGGUAGCGCCCGAAGCGUAACCACUUGCAUAGCAUCGGGUGCUAAGGAAUCAUUCUCUAGCUUUGCCAAAGAUAAUUCUACGUCUUUUGGAUAUAGUCGCUCAAAUUGCCAAAAUGCUCACUCUUCUUUCAUUGGCGCUCUCAGUUGUUGUAGCUAACGCUUACCCAUAUCCUCUGUAUGAUCACAUCAGUGCUGCUUCAGCUCAUGGACAUGGUUCUCAUGGACAUCAUCUCUCAGAUUAUGGAUCUCAUGGUCAUAAUGCUUUGAGUAGUCAUGGUCAUCAUGGAGAUCAUGGAUACUCUGCUCAUGGAAAUCACGCCAUUGGAUCUCAUGGAUCACAUUCCGCUCACGGAGACCAUGGAUCACACUAUGGAAAAUACAAAGACCAUGGUGCUUACAGCCAUGAUAAGGGAGAGGGAUACGUAAAGGCAUACCAUUAUGAUAAGGUUAGUGGACACCAUGACAUUACUGCUGAUCAUGGAUCUGACCACAAAACUUAUGGAGAUCACGCUGUAAAAUCUUACCAUGACACUGGUGCUCAUGGACACAGCGGUCAUAACAGCCAUGGAGCUCACAGCAAACAUGCAGGACAUGGCUAUGGAUCUCAUGGUUAUGCCAAAUCAGGUCAUGGACACGAUUCUCAUGGUCACAACAGUCACGUAGCGCAUGGCCACCCUGUCGUACACAAAGUAGUGGCACACCCAGUCGUACAUGCUCCUGUUGUUCAUCAUGCCCCCGCUGUUCAUCAUGCCCCUGUUGUUCACCAUGCCCCCGUUGUUCAUCAUUCCCCAGCUGUACACCAUGCUCCAGCUUAUGGGCAUGGCUAUGCAACCAAGUAUGGAAGUAGUCAUGGUUACUCAAAGGUUUACUUCAAGGGACCAGGAUAUGGAUAUCAUUAUUAAAUAAUGAACAAUUAAAGCCAAAUAAAAAUGUCAUAAUGCCAUGGAAAUCUGUGCAAGCCAAUUUCAGGAUGAGAACACUAAGAAUCAUAAGUGGCAGCUACACACAUUGUUGUAGAAUGGGAGGAGAAGGAAGUACAAUUACUGCUCAGUGUGAAUUAUGCAAUGUUCAAUAUUCAUGUUAAGAAAUAAAUUUUACAUUUAUUUUUGA